AUGAAGCUGGUGUUCGUAAUGGUAGCGUUAUCUGCUACAGCAGUGGCGACGGCCCCUCAGCUGCGACAAGGCGAAAAUAUACCAGCAGUGCAGCUAGUGCGGUUUGACUCUGACAACGAUGGACUUGGCACCUAUAGUUACUCGUUUGAACAAAGUGACAAGACCCUACGUGAGGAACAAGGUGAGCUGAAAAACGCCGGAACUGAUGACGAAAGUAUUUCCGUUAAAGGUUCCUACAGUUGGAUAGCACCAGACGGCGAUAUUUAUAAAGUUACCUACAUUGCUGACGAGACUGGCUUUCAGCCGAAGAUAGAAAAGUCUUCAUCAAUAUCUACGUAA